AUGGGCACUGGGUUCAUUACGCACCGUACCGGGGAAAUCAAGUUACAAGUGGGCUCCCUGCACCAUGAGACCAUCAUUCUGUUCGUCAUCUCCUCCCCACGGGAGCCGCUAGUCCUUGGCCACCCCUGGCUCGUUACCCAUGAUCCGGUCAUCUCCUGGAAAUCUGGCGAUAUCACGGCUUGGAGUGAGGUAUGUAGGGCUGAGUGCCUCAUUUUACCUUGCAAAACGUCUACUGUGGAGGAUACGAAGGGUGCGGUGUCUACUGUUGUUCCUACAGAGUACCUGGAUUACGUGCAGGUGUUCUCCAAGGAGAGGGCUUCCGUGCUACCACCGCAUCGGGCCUGGGAUUGUGCUAUUGAUCUGCUAUCCGGGGCUACCCCUCCUCGCGGACGAAUCUACCCUUUGUCUCAGCCGGAACGGGAAUCAAUGAGCAAGUAUAUUGAUGAGGCACUUCAGCAAGGGGCCAUUCGCCCAUCUACGUCUCCCGCCGCAUCCAGUUUUUUCUUUGUUAAGAAAAAGGAUGGCGGACUUCGUCCUUGCAUAGACUAUCGAGGUUUGAACGAUAUCACCAUAAAAAAUCGUUAUCCCCUUCCUUUGAUUCCAGCGGCCCUCGAGCAGGUGGGGCAAGCCUCCAUCUACAGUAAACUGGACCUCAGGAGUGCGUACAAUCUGGUGCGCAUUAGAGAGGGGGAUGAAUGGAAGACCGCCUUCAUCACCCAUCGAGGACAUUAUGAAUAUUGUGUUAUGCCCUAUGGACUUACUAACGCGCCCUCUGUGUUCCAGGCGUUCAUGAAUGACAUUUUUAGGGACUUGAUUGAUCGUUUCGUCAUAGUGUACAUUGAUGACAUCCUAAUCUACUCUAACUCUCUGAGUGAACAUGUGUCCCAUGUACGACAGGUUCUGGACCGACUCCGCCAACACUCUCUGUUCGUGAAGGCCGAGAAGAGUGAAUUCCAUGUCACAACGAUUUCCUUCCUUGGGGCCAUACUCACUCCCGACGGGGUAAGACUGGAUGAAUCCAAGGUACAAGCUGUACGAGACUGGCCUCAACCCCAGACGGUGAAAGAGCUUCAGAGAUUCUUGGGGUUUGCCAAUUACUAUAGACGGUUCGUGCGUAAUUUCAGCACCACCGCAGCUCCCCUGUCGGCGAUGACCAGCCACAAGGGGCGUGGUCUGAAAUGGACGGAGGGGGCAGUGCGGGCCUUUGAGACAUUGAAACAACGAUUUACCACCGUUCCCAUUUUGUGUCAGCCGGAUCCUACGUUGCCGUUCAUCGUGGAGGUGGACGCCUCGGAGGUUGGAGUUGGAGCCGUGCUAUCCCAGCGCCAAGGUGAGCCGCCCAAAUCACGACCCUGUGCUUUUUUUUCUAAGAAGCUGAAUCCGGCCGAGCAGAACUACGACGUGGGAAAUCGUGAAUUGCUGGCGGUGAAGUUAGCACUGGAGGAGUGGAGACAUUGGCUGGAGGGAGCAGCUCAUCCGUUCCAAGUGCUCACGGACCACCGCAAUCUGGAGUAUCUUCACAGUGCUAAACGACUGAACUCCCGACAGGCAAGGUGGUCUUUGUUCUUCAACCGUUUCCAAUUCACUGUCUCUUAUAUUCCCGGGUCCAAGAAUUGUAAGGCGGACGCGCUUUCCCGACGGUUCGAGCGCGCUGACAGACCGGUUGAACCAGAACCUAUCCUCCCCAUGAGUUGCCGUGCUGGCCCUGUGAGGUGGGCUAUCGAUGACACGAUUCAGGAGAGCCUACAAGCGGAACCAGCCCCUCCAGAAACCCCGGUGUCGAAGGUGUUUGUACCAGCUCCGCUUCGACCUCAACUGAUGGAAUGGUGCCACACGUCGCUAGGAUCUGGUCAUCCCGGAAUCACUCGAACUACUCGACUCAUCAGUCGAAAAUACUGGUGGGAUUCCCUCACAGAUGACGUCCGAGACUACGUAUUAUCCUGCCCAGUUUGUGCUCAGUCCCAGACGCCUCGAGCACUACCGGAGGGUAAGCUGAUGCCAUUGCCAACCCCUCAACGACCCUGGUCGCACAUUGCGAUGGACUUUGUUACCGACCUACCAGAAUCAGAGGGCCAUACUGUUAUUCUCGUGGUCAUCGAUCGAUUCUCAAAGAUGUGUCGGUUAGUACCCAUGACCCGUUUACCUAACGCCACUCAGAUGGCGGAGACUAUGUUUAACCAGGUGUUCCGGCAGUUUGGUGUUCCAGAGGAUAUUGUUUCCGACCGAGGACCCCAGUUCGUAUCCCGGGUUUGGAAGGCCUUCUGCGAACGCUUGGGUAUCUCGGUGAGCCUCACCUCCGGAUAUCAUCCCCAGGCCAAUGGGCAGACCGAACGGCUCAACCAGGAAAUUAGGAAGUAUCUACGGCAACAAUGUUCGCGGCAGCCGCAAGAGUGGAGCCGAUUCCUUCCUUGGGUAGAGUAUGUUCAGAACUCACUCAUUCACACCUCCCUACAUCUAACGCCCUUUCAGUGUGUUCUAGGGUAUCAACCACCCCUGUUUCCGUGGGAUACCGCACCCGGGAUGGUACCGGCGGUGGACGAGUGGUUCCGUCGGAGUGCGCAGGUCUGGGAGACGGCCCAUCAACAUCUCAGUCAAGCCUCACAGCAGCAAAAGACCUAUGCCGACCGACGCCGGAGACCUACUCCCACUUAUCAACCCGGACAACGAGUGUGGCUGUCUACCCGAGACCUGCGGUUCCGACGGAGCUGCAAGAAGCUCCAACCCAGGUACAUUGGUCCCUUCAAAGUACAGAGACGUAUUAACCCUGUCACCUACCGUCUGUUACUCCCUCGACACUACAGGAUAAACCCUACGUUCCACGUCUCCCUGCUGAAACCUGUUCAUUAUAGCCCGAUGUAUCCACCAAUCGCUCAACAACCUACUACACCACCUUUGGAGGAUGAACAGGACACCACCUAUACAGUCCACGAGAUACUGGAGUCAAGACGGAGACGAGGGGGCAUCGAAUAUCUCGUGGACUGGGAGGGAUAUGGACCGGAGGAACGGUCCAGGGUUCCUGCUAAAGACAUACUAGACCCCGCUCUCAAGGCCACUUUCCACGCUGAACACCCAGAUCAUCCCGGACCCUGACCCAGAGGAAGACCACCCGGUAGAGGUAGAAGGCCGUCAGGAGCCGGCCCUGGGGAGGGGGAUACUGUAAGGGAUCGGGGGUUGGCUGGGUCUAGACAGAGUCUGACACUUCCCCGAUCUACAGAGAGGGGGAGUCAUCAGACUCGAUCUGGUUCACCUGAGUUCUGAGCACACCUGUCCGUAAUUAGGGUAGGAUAUAAGGUGUGCUCAGAGAUUCAGUCAGUGCGAGGUAUUGUUCCGUUGUGACUUGCUAAGCGUUUUGUUCCGAGAGAGAGAGAGAGAGUUUGUUGUUUUGAUUACCCGUGUAUCCGACCUGUGCCUUGCUGUUUGACUCCCCGUAUUGCUUAAUCCUCUGCUUGUCUGCCCCAGUGAUUACCGUUCUCUGAUCCUGUGCCUGUGACCUCGACUACGACUAAGCCCGCUCCUUUGGUACCUCUGCCUGUCUAUGCCUGGCCCGGUUUUGACCACAGCCCGCCCGACCACGAUUAAGCUAUUCCCUUGUCUGUACUCUAAUAAAGCAUCGCUAUUCUGCGAUUGGAUCUUACCACUCUGUCCGAGUAUUCAUUACAGAAUACCUCGCCAUUACCAUGGAUCCAGCGGAAUUACAGAGGUGAUGGGAGAUACAGGAGAAACGCAUGGAUAAACUCCUACAGCUACUCAACGCUGGUGCAGCGGAAGGCACCACCCCGAGUACGGUCAGUCCUCGUCAUGCACCUCCGAUUUCUAUACCGACAAGGUACGACGGGGAACCUGGCAAAUGUCAGGGGUUUCUACUCCAGAUGUCCCUGUAUAUGUCGUAUAAUAGUACUAUGUUUUCCGAUGACCGUAGCAGGGUGGAUUUCAUGAUUUCUCUGCUAACGGGAAGAGCACUGGAUUGGGCUACUGCGCUUUGGGCAGCUGAGGUCCCCGAGUUGAAUGCGGAAGUUCAGUUCAAGAGACUGUUUCAAGAGGUGUUCGACCACCCAGUAUCUGGGCGUAGUGUGGGAGACCAACUAUGCGAACUUCAGCAGGGCCGUCGCACAGUAGCCGACUACGCUUUAGAGUUCCGUACUAUAGCAGCCGGUAGCGGAUGGAGCGAAACUGCUUUGCUCACAGUUUUCCGAAGAGGGCUGCGCAAAGACGUACAAACUGAGUUGGCUUGUCGAGGAGAUAUCACUGCGCUACAUGAGUUUAUCAAAAUAGCCAUCUCUAUUGAUAAUCUUAUAGUGCAACACAAGGCAUCCACAGUCCGGGAGCCCUCAAUCACUGGUGCUAUGCAAUCGACAGAGCGGAGGAGAGAAUCUGAGGAGGAACCUAUGCAACUGGGACGGUCACCUCUACCAGGUUCGGUGAGACAACAACGUCGGCAAGACGGACUAUGCCUGUAUUGUGGUCAGGCGGGUCAUUUCGUUCGUCAAUGUCCGGUACGACCUAACCGUACCCCAGGAUAUCGCCUCGGAACUGCCAAACCGGUGAGUGAGACUCCAGUGUUGAACAUUACAUCUAAACAAAUGUAUGUGCCUGUCACCUUAUCUGUCGGAGAGAAAGUGCGCAGGUUGGAGGGACUUAUUGAUUCCGGAGCGGCUGCCAGCUUUCUGGAUAUGGGUCUUGCUGAGGAGUUGGGAGUUCAACUUAUCCCAAUUCAACCUCCCCUGAGAGUCAACGCGCUAGACGGUGAGCCCAUGGGCACUGGGUUCAUUACGCACCGUACCGGGGAAAUCAAGUUACAAGUGGGCUCCCUGCACCAUGAGACCAUCAUUCUGUUCGUCAUCUCCUCCCCACGGGAGCCGCUAGUCCUUGGCCACCCCUGGCUCGUUACCCAUGAUCCGGUCAUCUCCUGGAAAUCUGGCAAUAUCACGGCUUGGAGUGAGGUAUGUAGGGCUGAGUGCCUCAUUUUACCUUGCAAAACGUCUACUGUGGAGGAUACGAAGGGUGCGGUGUCUACUGUUGUUCCUACAGAGUACCUGGAUUACGUGCAGGUGUUCUCCAAGGAGAGGGCUUCCGUGCUACCACCGCAUCGGGCCUGGGAUUGUGCUAUUGAUCUGCUAUCCGGGGCUACCCCUCCUCGCGGACGAAUCUACCCUUUGUCUCAGCCGGAACGGGAAUCAAUGAGCAAGUAUAUUGAUGAGGCACUUCAGCAAGGGGCCAUUCGCCCAUCUACGUCUCCCGCCGCAUCCAGUUUUUUCUUUGUUAAGAAAAAGGAUGGCGGACUUCGUCCUUGCAUAGACUAUCGAGGUUUGAACGAUAUCACCAUAAAAAAUCGUUAUCCCCUUCCUUUGAUUCCAGCGGCCCUCGAGCAGGUGGGGCAAGCCUCCAUCUACAGUAAACUGGACCUCAGGAGUGCGUACAAUCUGGUGCGCAUUAGAGAGGGGGAUGAAUGGAAGACCGCCUUCAUCACCCAUCGAGGACAUUAUGAAUAUUGUGUUAUGCCCUAUGGACUUACUAACGCGCCCUCUGUGUUCCAGGCGUUCAUGAAUGACAUUUUUAGGGACUUGAUUGAUCGUUUCGUCAUAGUGUACAUUGAUGACAUCCUAAUCUACUCUAACUCUCUGAGUGAACAUGUGUCCCAUGUACGACAGGUUCUGGACCGACUCCGCCAACACUCUCUGUUCGUGAAGGCCGAGAAGAGUGAAUUCCAUGUCACAACGAUUUCCUUCCUUGGGGCCAUACUCACUCCCGACGGGGUAAGACUGGAUGAAUCCAAGGUACAAGCUGUACGAGACUGGCCUCAACCCCAGACGGUGAAAGAGCUUCAGAGAUUCUUGGGGUUUGCCAAUUACUAUAGACGGUUCGUGCGUAAUUUCAGCACCACCGCAGCUCCCCUGUCGGCGAUGACCAGCCACAAGGGGCGUGGUCUGAAAUGGACGGAGGGGGCAGUGCGGGCCUUUGAGACAUUGAAACAACGAUUUACCACCGUUCCCAUUUUGUGUCAGCCGGAUCCUACGUUGCCGUUCAUCGUGGAGGUGGACGCCUCGGAGGUUGGAGUUGGAGCCGUGCUAUCCCAGCGCCAAGGUGAGCCGCCCAAAUCACGACCCUGUGCUUUUUUUUCUAAGAAGCUGAAUCCGGCCGAGCAGAACUACGACGUGGGAAAUCGUGAAUUGCUGGCGGUGAAGUUAGCACUGGAGGAGUGGAGACAUUGGCUGGAGGGAGCAGCUCAUCCGUUCCAAGUGCUCACGGACCACCGCAAUCUGGAGUAUCUUCACAGUGCUAAACGACUGAACUCCCGACAGGCAAGGUGGUCUUUGUUCUUCAACCGUUUCCAAUUCACUGUCUCUUAUAUUCCCGGGUCCAAGAAUUGUAAGGCGGACGCGCUUUCCCGACGGUUCGAGCGCGCUGACAGACCGGUUGAACCAGAACCUAUCCUCCCCAUGAGUUGCCGUGCUGGCCCUGUGAGGUGGGCUAUCGAUGACACGAUUCAGGAGAGCCUACAAGCGGAACCAGCCCCUCCAGAAACCCCGGUGUCGAAGGUGUUUGUACCAGCUCCGCUUCGACCUCAACUGAUGGAAUGGUGCCACACGUCGCUAGGAUCUGGUCAUCCCGGAAUCACUCGAACUACUCGACUCAUCAGUCGAAAAUACUGGUGGGAUUCCCUCACAGAUGACGUCCGAGACUACGUAUUAUCCUGCCCAGUUUGUGCUCAGUCCCAGACGCCUCGAGCACUACCGGAGGGUAAGCUGAUGCCAUUGCCAACCCCUCAACGACCCUGGUCGCACAUUGCGAUGGACUUUGUUACCGACCUACCAGAAUCAGAGGGCCAUACUGUUAUUCUCGUGGUCAUCGAUCGAUUCUCAAAGAUGUGUCGGUUAGUACCCAUGACCCGUUUACCUAACGCCACUCAGAUGGCGGAGACUAUGUUUAACCAGGUGUUCCGGCAGUUUGGUGUUCCAGAGGAUAUUGUUUCCGACCGAGGACCCCAGUUCGUAUCCCGGGUUUGGAAGGCCUUCUGCGAACGCUUGGGUAUCUCGGUGAGCCUCACCUCCGGAUAUCAUCCCCAGGCCAAUGGGCAGACCGAACGCUCAACCAGGAAAUUGGGAAGUAUCUACGGCAACAAUGUUCGCGGCAGCCGCAAGAGUGGAGCCGAUUCCUUCCUUGGGUAGAGUAUGCUCAGAACUCACUCAUUCACACCUCCCUACAUCUAACGCCCUUUCAGUGUGUUCUAGGGUAUCAACCACCCCUGUUUCCGUGGGAUACCGCACCCGGGAUGGUACCGGCGGUGGACGAGUGGUUCCGUCGGAGUGCGCAGGUCUGGGAGACGGCCCAUCAACAUCUCAGUCAAGCCUCACAGCAGCAAAAGACCUAUGCCGACCGACGCCGGAGACCUACUCCCACUUAUCAACCCGGACAACGAGUGUGGCUGUCUACCCGAGACCUGCGGUUCCGACGGAGCUGCAAGAAGCUCCAACCCAGGUACAUUGGUCCCUUCAAAGUACAGAGACGUAUUAACCCUGUCACCUACCGUCUGUUACUCCCUCGACACUACAGGAUAAACCCUACGUUCCACGUCUCCCUGCUGAAACCUGUUCAUUAUAGCCCGAUGUAUCCACCAAUCGCUCAACAACCUACUACACCACCUUUGGAGGAUGAACAGGACACCACCUAUACAGUCCACGAGAUACUGGAGUCAAGACGGAGACGAGGGGGCAUCGAAUAUCUCGUGGACUGGGAGGGAUAUGGACCGGAGGAACGGUCCUGGGUUCCUGCUAAGGACAUACUAGACCCCGCUCUCAAGGCCACUUUCCACGCUGAACACCCAGAUCAUCCCGGACCCCGACCCAGAGGAAGACCACCCGGUAGAGGUAGAAGGCCGUCAGGAGCCGGCCCUGGGGAGGGGGAUACUGUAAGGGAUCGGGGGUUGGCUGGGUCUAGACAGAGUCUGACACUUCCCCGAUCUACAGAGAGGGGGAGUCAUCAGACUCGAUCUGGUUCACCUGAGUUCUGAGCACACCUGUCCGUAAUUAGGGUAGGAUAUAAGGUGUGCUCAGAGAUUCAGUCAGUGCGAGGUAUUGUUCCGUUGUGACUUGCUAAGCGUUUUGUUCCGAGAGAGAGAGAGAGAGUUUGUUGUUUUGAUUACCCGUGUAUCCGACCUGUGCCUUGCUGUUUGACUCCCCGUAUUGCUUAAUCCUCUGCUUGUCUGCCCCAGUGAUUACCGUUCUCUGAUCCUGUGCCUGUGACCUCGACUACGACUAAGCCCGCUCCUUUGGUACCUUUGCCUGUCUAUGCCUGGCCCGGUUUUGACCACAGCCCGCCCGACCACGAUUAAGCUAUUCCCUUGUCUGUACUCUAAUAAAGCAUCGCUAUUCUGCGAUUGGAUCUUACCACUCUGUCCGAGUAUUCAUUACAAUUACCGGGCACUUCACCCAGUGGCUGUAAUAGAAAUAAGGCCAUGCUCAUGAAAAGAAAACCGGCCUCCCUCAUCUUAAACGGCACUGACCACCACUGCUUUCACCACCCUGUAAUUUAUUUAAUCUGUAGCCUUGUAUACUGCAUGGUUUCCAGAGUUAUAGCAGGAAGACCACACACCAUAUCAUCGCGUUUCCGCCGCCAUUUCUUGUGUAAUUAAUUUUACAGACAUAAAAAGAUCCUACCAUGUUGAACAAACAAAUGAUCUGUCGGUAUUUAUCAAAUUGAAACGAAACUUCCUGUUUCCAUCACAGCUGUCGUGAUUUUAUUUUAAUAUGGUAGACAUUACUCGCAUAAAAACUGUGGAUGGAAACGUGGUUUGUGUUACCAAAUCUUUCAUCUUUCAUUCUUCAGUAGCUCUCCAUUUUUAAGGUGCUGCACUACAGACCUAUCCUAUAGCAAAUAACAAAGUGUUGGGACUGGGUCCAUGCUACAUAAUGCUACAGACAAGAAUAAUAGAGCUGGUUUUGUUGAUGUUCCCUCUGGCAGAAACCUCCUCAGGUGUCUCCAGUCCUGACUGAGCCAACCUGUCCCCAGUGUUUGUCCCACUGUAUCAUUAGCCAGCGACUCAGCUCUCAGUUCUAAAAUGUCAUAUAUCCACAGUAAUGAACUGCAAGAGAGAAUAGAGUAGAGUACACACUAUUCCCAAACUUCCCUGUUGCACAACUCCCAUUAAUCCAAAUGCUCCGACUUUGCUGCUCCAGUCCCUCUCCUCAUUAGCCAUGGCAGGUAUCAGGAUGCACAUAAUGGGGAGGUGCCCCAAGUCAGGCAGUUGUAUAUACUGGAGAGGGAGAAAGAAAGAGGGAGAGAGAGCCAUGAGUGAAACUCCAUCCUAAAUGAGGAAACACCCAGGAGAAAGAUGACUAGUGCGCAGAUUACUACAGGGGUGCAAGUGACAAGCAUCAAGCUGUCAUUUGUUUGUCAAACCGUGGCAACCCCUUCCAGCGCACCGUGCCAAUCGAAAGGAAACUAGAGUCCCUAAAAAUAUAUAUAAAAAUGUAGAGCGGGGACAAACAAGGUGUUUGUGGAUGCCAAUAACCCUCAGAGGCUCUGUGAGGCGCCCGCUGUAUCCACUUCUCCAAUGUUUACCUCACAGAGAAGCAUUGUUAUACAAAACAAAUCAUUAUUUAUCCUGCAUGUUGAACUUCCUUGCCAGUCCUUCAGUGGGGGAAAGUGAGGCUCUACUCUCAAACUAUUAUUACACUGAUGUUCAUUGUCUUGGAAUAGAGUAUGUCCUGUGAUUAAUAUUACAGCACUGUAACAGAAGACCUCGCCUUCCUGGCUUUGUCACAAUUAAGACAAUCUCAUCCUAGCUCCUCGUGAGUCUGAGCACUUGGUACACUUCACGGCAAGGGAUGCCUGAGAGCCUGCCCUGUGGAAAUGCUUUCACAAAUAGAUGCACAAACAAGUAAUAACACUGCUAUGGUAGCUCGUUCUCUACAUGUUGCCCCUGCAUUAGUUUUCCAUGUUAAUUGAACGGGGGGUGUCCACCUUAAUUGUGUCUUGCCCUGGAGUGACGUUGGAGACACGUGGUGUGGAGGGGCAGGAGUGGGCAGGUGCGGUUGGGCGAGAGUGCUUUGAUAAUUGCCUGGGCAACAUGACCAAGCCCCGGUGGUUGUGUGCUGCGACUCUGGAGAAGACGCUCAGAAUGUGCCACUGUAUCAUAGAUUGAGGUUGGGAACCUAGGAGCACGUCUGGGCCAUUUUUCAAAUGUGCUUUUCUGGUCCCAGAUGGAAGAAGUGGUUUUCCCCUAUCAUAAGCAAUUGGAAUAGAUACAGGCACUAAUAUACUUCUAAGGCAUACAUAAGUAGGUUGGAAAAGAGGGCGCACUGUGAUGUUUUUCCUGGAGCACUGUAUUUCUCCUUCCUGUUUUCACUGAUAGAAGAAUGAAAAGAGAUCUGAGAGGAAUGGGCUUACUGACCCAUUCAAUACUGCAACAGCCAUGCAAUUACUCUCUGUAUGCUCUGACACCACUUUGAACGUGGUAUAGAAGAAGGCAACGCCACAACACAGUAUUUACAACAGCAUGGUACUUCUGGGAGAUUGCAUGGGGUCAUUACUGUAACAGACAUACACUGUAGAGAUUUUCACAAAUAAAUAAUACACAAUAGUAGUUACCCCUUUUGAAAAUAUAAAUAUGAAUUAUAUAUGAAUAUAGAAAUAAAUAUGAAUUAUAAAAGUAAAACCAAAUGGCACCAAAAUAAGUAGUGCCUGGACCUGGAAGUUCUUACAACUUAACAGCCUUAUUGUGGAUAUGAUUUUUCCUUCCUGUUCUCUUUCAAGAAAAGGCACCAAUCAAUGUUAGUAAUUGGAGAGCGAAUGGAAAGGACAUUCCUUUGAAAUGCCACUCCUAAAUGGUCCCCAGUGUCAAACGAGGUAAGGGACAUAUAUUCAGAAUGCCCCUCAUCUCUGCUUCAUUAUCAAAUGCAUCUCAUGCAGCCUAUUUCAGAGCUAUGCAAAAAUCUGAUGAUUUAGAGAAAAGCCUUGCCUUUUCUAAUCCAGCGGAAAUGUCAUGCUUGAUUGAAACUUGGAGGAGUUGCAGAGUCGAGUAAAGUGAGAGGCGCAUUCAUUUGCAUUUGGCCGACCAAAUCACUAUUUUUUAUAGGCCCCCUUUUCACAAUUACACUCUCAGGAUGUUAAUGUUACUUUCAGACAGAAUUACCUCUUUAUGUGCUCUGAUGCUUGUACUCCAUUAAUUUAGUUUUAUUGCCACUAAAUUAGUUUCACUCAGGCCCUCUGGCAGAGAAACCUAAUGCGCAUAAAUAUAAUUUAUGCACCUAAACAUUUGUACUCAAAAUAUUCAGCUCAAGUACACUGUAGGUAGGCCAUGGGAAUGUCAAUUACCUUCACAACUCUUUGACUUCCAGUCUGUUCUGACCAUGUAGGAAAUGAAUGGACUUAUGGAGUUAUUCUGGUAGAAGUCAUUCACCACAGGGAAACCUUGUCUCUCACCUCAUAGAUAAAGUUUCUAAGGGAACAUUUUCUCAGAGGAUUGUGCCUCGUUGUAAUAAUGUCACCUUCAGCCCACCAAAUUCAGAAGUCUGUGCUAUUUCACUUUCAUGCAUGAACAUUAUGUUUUAGUGCUACUAUUAAGGCUAUAUCAGUUCAGAUUUUACUGUUUUAGCGGUGAGCGAGGGAAACUAGGUGUCACAUUGGGAAUUGCACUUGAUUGCAGUUGUGUGGUGAACUACGAAGAUCAUUUGGAGAAAGAUGCAGAGAAUACACCAUGGGGAGCUCUACAGUACCUAGCUGAGGAAUAAACAUCCACUAAACAAUAAAACAACAAUUAUGAACCAUUUCAGGAAUAAUGAGGUCUUUAUGAAAAUCUAUGUUUAUAAAGACUCAAGGUUGAAUCUUGCCUUGUUGGCUGAAUGACAUUAGUUGGAGUUUGAAUAUAAAUAUGUGGAGUACACUAAAUAAGAUUUUUCUACUGCUUCAGAGGGAGAGAUAUUACAGCAAAUAAAGUAAUAUCAGCAGGAGAUAGCUCUACACAAGGAUGAACUAAUGAACCUGAGAUGUUUUGGGUAAACUGGGUAUGCAGGAUUUUACUCCAACCCUGAUCUAACACACCUUAUUUGGCUAAUCAAGGUCCUGACGAGCAGCUGAUUCGUAAGGCAGAUCUGUUAAAGCAGGAGAGCACAGUAGCUCUCCGGCAGGAGGGUUGACCACCACUGUUGUUUUCUAUUUACUAUUUUCCUCCUGCUUCGCUCCCUGUGUCUGAGCUGUUGAGCUGAUGCUGAGGAAUGUUUGAGUCUCAAGCUGAGCUAGGGUUGGGAGAUUUAAACCAGAAUGUAAACACUUGCCUCCCAUCAGGCCCGCUGUCGAGACAACCCAAAGCUUUCUCACUCCGAGGCCUCUCAGGUGAAAUACCUUUAUUCCAGGACCCAGAGUAAGACAUAAAACUCUAUAGAUUACAAGAGACUGGCAGCUAGUGAGAGAAACACCUGAGAUAAUGAGCUUUGAUACGCAGCCUGUCUCUCUUCCUCCAGCAGCCAUCCAUCAAUGGAAAUGUUAGAGACAGAGAGGGCCAAAGCUGGGUUAUUCUCUUCCUGUCACUGGAAACUAGAUUCCACACACGUGCCUGACCUUUGGUGAAGCAAUUUUCUGCCCAUAUAGUAUAGCCUACUGCUGGUGUCCUGCCGACUACACCAGCUGCUGGGAUGAGCGAUGGGAUUUAAUUAGGGAUGGCGACGUCUCAUUACUGACCAAACAUAACUUAUACCUGCACCCACCUACAUCCCACUGGGAACACCAUGUCAUUUCAACAUGGAUAAUUAGGUAAUAUUUGGUUGAGACAUUGAUCAAUGAGAUUACUACCUAUUUCCAACCUCUCAAAAAGAUAACUAAAAGUUAGUGUAAUUUCCCAUGUGUUAUCACUAUGCUCUCAACCAUAUAAAAGCACAACCAAAUUCCAAUGGAAAAACAAUGUCUGAUUUUGGUUUAGUUGUCACCCAAAUGUCUAUCACUGUGUUUUCAACCAUUUAAAAGCACAGCAAAGUUCAAAUGGGAAUACAAUGUCACAUAUUUUGUUUAUUUAUACAACAGCUUAAUAUGUUAUCACUGUGCUUCAUCUAAUAGCAGAACCAAAUGACCUGGAUUGCAGUUGAGAUUAUAUUAAAAGUACAUGGUGCAAAUCAUCAAUGUUGUUUGAGAUUCUGCACUAAUUAUUAAAGCAAUUGUGAAGAUCUCCACAGACCUAUGACAACCUAUGCAUGCUAUCUUGAAUAUGCAUGCUUAAUAUGAUUACCUAAGAAAUGUAUAGUUACAGUAACCUCAAAAUGUGGCAAUGGAUGUGUUACUCAUUUUAAGGUUGAAUGUUACAUUACUUUGUAAGAAAGCCUUAACUAGGCUAUUUACAGUAUUGUAUUAAAAAAGUAAUAUUGAAUUGUGUUUGGUUGAAAACGCAACCAAAUAUCAACAUUUGAAGGAGAUGUAUCUUCUGCUUAGAUAGUUCCAUCUGUGCCACUGACUUAGUCUGGCUUUAAUUCAAGUUUGUCUACAAAUUAAUAAUUGAUAUGUUGGAUUCAAUUCUCCAUCUCAACCAAAAAUGUAAGUUAAAUAAUAGGACUAAAUCAAAUCAAAUCUUUAAAAAAAAAAAAAAAAAAAAAAAAUUGAUUUGAUUUAGUCUUAUUCUUUAACCUUGAUUUUUGUUUGAGAUGGAUAUGUGAAUUCAUCAUAUAAAUGAUUAAUUUGAAGACAAACUGGAAUUAAAGCUAGACUAAGUCAGUGGCACAGAUGGAAUUAUCCAAGCAACGUGCUUCAAAUUAAGAUUUUUAGUUGCGUUGACAACCAAACACAAUUCAAUAACACAAAAUAUAAUUACAUUUGAAAUCAGGGGUUGAAACACUAGGCCUAUUGUAUUGUACUUUUUUAUUUUUAUUCUGAGUUGAAUUUAGGUGACCCUGUAAGACUUCCCACCAAGACGGCAACUGAACACGUGUCUCGUACGCUUCUAUUUGUUUGCUUGGGAGUGUUUUUUGUUAUAAUCAUUCCAAAUACUCCGGUAAUGUUUUGAUAUAGUCAACAAGUUACUUGGGCUUGUCACGCCCUGGCUCUGGGGACUCUUAUAUGUUGAGCCAGGGUGUUAGUUUCUAUGUUUAGUGUUCUAUGUUCAUGUUCUAGUUCAUGUGUUUCUAUGUUGGCCGGGGUGGUUCCCAAUCAGAGGCAGCUGUGGCUUGUUGUCUCUGAUUGGGGACCAUACUUAGGCAGCCUGUUUGGCACUUGUCUUUUGUGGGAUCUUGUUCCGGAGAGGUUUGUGUUUGUUAACCUUAGGACGUCACGUAUCGUUUUGUUGUUUUGUGUUAUUGUGUAGUACUCAUUAAAAGAUGUACGCAUAUCACGCUGCGCCUUGGUCCGUUGCUUACGACGAUCGUGACAGGGCUGUAUAAAAGAUACUCCAUCUUUUCGCUUAUAGGAGAAAGCAAACAGAUAUCAAUUGCUCCGUUGCCAUUGCUGAAAGCUCCUCCACCACAGACCUCUGGUUGAAAGUUUCCUCUCCUACCCAGCCUCCCAACACAAGCCUCUCCCAAGCGGGUGUGAUACCUAGGCUACACCUGUGGCAUGGUACACUGCUUGGCUUCCAUAUUUGGGUCUGCUCUCGACUACCGAGGCCUGCUCCCCCCCUGUCUGGUACAGGUACCCCCGCCACUUGGCCCAUUCUCCCCCGAGCUUCGCUCAUCGCUCCAGCACACACUUACACUCACACACUGCGGUCUCUGAUCCAAAUAUUAUCUUUAGCCUGUGGACUUGUGUGGACUUUUACUUGAGAAUUUGUACGCAUUUAGAUUUGGAUUACUUGGCCUAUUGUUAUUAUAUUGUAGCUUAUUUAUUGUAGCUUAGGCCUACUUGUGAUUAGUGUGCAACCUCAUAUGCUUAAUAUUUAGAAAACGUUUUAUGGUUAUUUGUCAUAGGCUACAAACGAACAUGUUGCUGUUGUUAUUGUCUACCGUUGACGUUUACACUGAGGAUGAUGCAUUUAGGUCCUGUUGUCCCUUAAAUGCAAAGAACUUUGAGUGUUUUCCCCAUGUUGCAUCUUUGGAGAAACCAUAUGCUUGCCCCACUAUUGCGCUGGAGAUUGCGCCGCACAUUUUUCUAAUUUGACAUGGAAGAAACUGCAUGCUUGCGUUUACAUGUCUGGAUUGUUCCUUCAGUACUUAACCAUGUCUCUGGACUGUACACACACGUUGUGUUAAAGACUCUGGUUCCUCUGGACUAUGGUUCUAGCACUGUCUGUGAAUCCAAAUGUUGUAAAAUCUGAUAUUUUGCUGCUUUUACUGUCAGGAAAUGUGCAAUAUAACCCAGAAUGUCAGAAUGGUCUGAAGUUUGCGGAUAAAUGUAAGAAGUCUUCUUCCAAAACAUGAUUUUGUGAAUGUUUGCAUAAAAACCUCAGACCUAGAUGUAUUUAUGCUUUCUGAAACCUUGCAACAACAAAAAAACUAUCAGUGACAAAGACAUUGGCAUUGAUGGUUACAAUGUUUUUUGGUCCCAUCGCAAAUCUAAGGGAGCUAUAUACAUAAAAGACAAGAUUUCGGCAACCAUUCUGACUUCUGUUACCAAACCCAAGCAAUUUCAAUAUCCGUCUUUGAAUAUACUGUACAUGUCUGCAAAUUCUUGAAUCUUGUUGUCCCCGGUUGUUAUAGACCCCCAUAUGCUAUUGCUGGCUCUCUGGAUUGUAUUUUUGAGUUAUCACAGAAUGUCAAAUCUGAAUUUGUGCUUAUGGGUGACAUGAACCUAGACUGGUUGACAUCCAACUCAAGAAUCUAUGUAAUACCUAUAAUCUUGCUCAGAUUGUUAACAAUGUAACACGGUUGAAUGCAAAGUGUCCUCUAAAAUCCUCUUUGAUUGAUCUUAUUUUAACCAACACUCCACAUCAUUUUAAUGCUUCUGGUGUUUUUGCAAAUUAUAUGUGACCACUUUGCUGUUGCCUCUGUAAGGGAUGGUAAAAUUCCUAAACUACGUCCACGUUUCAUCAUGAAAAGAAACCUUUUUUUUUUUACAUUGUGUUUUUAACAUUGCCUGGAAUAGAGUUGAAUUCAUCCCUGGUGUUGAAUGUGCCUUUUCUUACUUCCAUAAAGCAUUCCAGGAUGUAUGUGUGCCCCUUUCAAUCAACAAAGAAUUAAGGGCAGAGACAACCCUAUGUUCUCAGAUGAACUAGCUGAAAUCAUAAGGAAACAGAAUCCGUUGUGGGCUAAAGCAAGAAGGUCUGAUACGGCUGAUGAUUGGAUGGCUUUUAAACGCCUUCAGAAUCAGGGUGUGAAAAUGACCCAAGAGCUGAAAGCAGACCACCACCUCAAAUCUAAUGCUGAUAAUCUGAAUAAUCCUUCCACAUUUUGGCAAGCAGUGAAAGGUUUAGAGUGCAAAAAAGAUGCACAGCUCCCUGAACAGCUGCUGGUUGACUCACAGGUGGUAACUGAGAAAACCUCUAUUCUGAACUCUUUUAAUUAACAUUUUCAUGAUGCAGACAAAUUAUUUGAUAGGGUUAAAUUGAUGUAAAAAAAUCCCCUGAUGAUCUAGAACCCCGCCUACUACAAUUAGCUGCAGAUGUUAAUCUCCCUUUAACAUACAUCUUUAACCUUACCCUAGAAUGUAAUGAAAUCCCCAGGUUGUGGAAAACAGCAUUUGUCCUACCUCUUUUGAAAGGAAGUGAUCCCACUCUACUGAAGAACUAUCAGCCCAUAUCUAAAUCAUCUGUUCUGGCAAAGGUAUUGGAGUCCCUAGUCAAUAAGCAGUUUAAGGCCUACCUCCAGGAAAACAAUAUUUUGAGUGGUAUGCAAUCAGGGUUCAAGUCUAGCCACAGUACUGUCACAGCAACUUUGAGGGUUUUGAUUGAUAUUCACUGUGCCCUGGAGAAGAAGCUGCAUUGUGUAUUUGUAUUCAUAGUCAAAGGCGUUUGACGUUGUAGACCAUACUGUCUUGGUGCAGAGAUUAAAUCGUAUUGGGAUUACUGGUCAUACUCUGGAGUGGUUUGUGAACUACCUGUCAAAUGGAAACCAGUGUGUUAAGGCAGAUGGUUGUAGGUUGGACACCGUAGAGUUGUGCUUGGGCGUGCCUCAAGGAUCCAUUUUAGGUCCCCUGUUGUUUAUUAUUUAUAUCAACAACAUUGGGAGACAUAUUGAGACUCCUGAUGUAAAAAUAAUUAUGCAGAUGACACUGUUCAAGUGGCAGCAGUUUUACUUUGGCUUUUGAAAAAGCUCAAACCGCUUUUAACAUCAUUCAACAAAAUCUGUACGUUUUGAAGCUUGUUCUGAAUUUCUCUAAAACAAAAUGCAUGGUAUUUUCCAAUACUAAACACUCUGAAAACCAUGUAAUUACUUCCUUGUAAGGACAUUCUACAGAGCAAUUCAAAACGUACAAAUAUCUGGGAGUUUGGGUUGUUGUGACUUUUGGUUAAUUAAUAUUCAAGAUCAUUUAAUGAUUAUUUACUGAAAUGGUUAAUUGAGCUGAUUUGUUUGAUUAAUUUGGUUAUCCUAUCCAAAAUAAUAUAAGAGGGCACCAUUAAGGGUUGGAUACAGAGAAACCCUUGACUUAACGCUAUCAGUAGUUAUCAUUAACCGUUAUACCAUUAACUAUAUCAACAAUAGUUUCAAGUUUAAUGUCACAUGCACAAGUACAGGAACAUGCCUUUCUUGCAAACUCAAAACCCAACAAUACAAUAAUCAAUAACAUUGUUUUACUGGAAAAAUAAACAUGAGAAACAUGAGAAAUAAGAAUAAGAAACAUGAAAUACACAGUAAAGUAUGUAUACUAUAUACAAUAAAUAUUUAAAAAGUCAGUUCCAAUACCAUAUUUACAUGUGCAGGGAUACCGGAGUGAUGGAGGUAGAUAUGAAUAGGGCUAAGGUGAGUAGGAUAUAAGAUAUAAAUGUAUGUGCACAUUAUGUGUGAGUGAGUAAAAGAUGGAGUCAGUGUUUGUGUGUGUGUUGAAGUGACAGUGUGUGUGAGUGUUUAGGGCCCUGUGAGUGUGCAUAGAGACAGUGCAAACACUGAAAUAAAAGGUCAAUAAAGAUACAAGGUAAACUCGGUCCAUGUAGCUAUUUUGUUAGCUAUUUAUCAGUCAUAUUGCUUGGGGAUAGAAGCUAUUCAAGAGCCUGUUGGUGUCAGACUUGAUGCAUCGGUACCUCUUGCCGUGCGGCAGCAGAGAAAAUAGUCUAUGGCUUGGGUGGUUGGGAUCUUGACGAUUUUCCGGGGCUUCUUUUCACACCGCCUGAUAUAGCGGUCCUGGAUGGCAGGGAGCUCGGCCCCAGUAAUGUACUUCAAGGAAUAGUCUGUCUAAUAAACAGUCAAUUGACUAUAUUCUCAUUGUUAAUAGCCGUUAGUUCUGGAACUGCAAAAAUCCAGUCGCUGGCAAAUGAUUUCAAUGCCACAAAUAAUGAAUUCAAGGUUCUAUUUACUAGACUAAACAAGUACAAAAUGAGGUAGUUAAAAUAUACGAUAUCAAGAGAGGGUACAAUGGGAUACAACACAGUUAUUGAGGUGAGAAGCUCCACAGGUCAAUAUGAAUAGGCUUCCGUACUCAACCCAGGAAAAUACAACAACACAUUCACAGGACUUUUGAGAAUGAUAUGAUCUUAUUCAUUGAAAGAGAAAAUGUGAGAGGGCUACAUCGACAUAGGCUUUCACAACUGUGAAACUAUAGAGCUCACCUUCCAGGAAUAGAUAUGGACUAGGCUACCAGUUAGCAUCCAAUGUUGACAGUGCCAGGACAGUAUUGAUCAUUGGUUUGUAGAUUACACCUACCAUCUUACAAUACUCAAUGACUUCCACCACUUUACACACACAGCGCCACUUUCAGAGGAAAGGAAGAAUGCAAUAGGCUAAUUUACUUGCAUGUCGGUUAGGAUGGGAUGGAGCCGGGGUUUGUUGUCCAAGUCUCUCUCGACAGUAGCGCUGAGGUCAGCAGGCCGAAGUAGCUCACAGCUGAAAGAGCUAUACCCACUUCUCUCUCUCUCCGUUCUCAGUCCAGGAGAGUCAAGUCUAUUAGAGCUUUUCCGUGCAGUGAAUUCUUCCUCUGAUCCCAGCCGGGAUGGAUUGUGAAUGCAAACAGUGUGUUCUGCAGGAUCACCUCUGGGAUGAUUGCUUCUGUCUGAGCAGGAUAUCUCUUGUCGAUAGGUGUUUGGUUCCAAGGGAAUGUUGAUCAUUUGUUCAAUUGGCGUGGCCACAUUGUGAAGAAACUUGAUCUACCAGUCUGUUAGCAAGUCCUGUAAUUAUAGGGAUACUCACAAAGGGCGGGCUGAUAAGCCGGACUGGUAGUCACAGGACCACCCAGUUGAUUCUGAGAAUUCAGCACAUUUAUGAUCAUUGAGAUAAAUCUGAGGUUUCCUCAUAAGUGUCCACAGUAUGUUCCUAGUGUACAGAAAAGAGUUAAACAGUACCUAGGAUGAAAUACGUAGCUUGUAGGUUCUAAACAUGCCUUGACUAAAAUACAUACAUUUUAUGUUGUUACAGCAAAUGCACAUUAUACCCCUUUUUAAUGACAUAGAAAAAUCUAAAGAAAAAUAUCACAGUAUCUUUCAAGUUCUACCAACAUUGGCGAUACUUUUUACUCUUGUUACAAGGAAUAUCAUAGCCUGAACCCCCCCUUUCUUAGAAUACACAUCUAUGGUGCCCGAAAGUCUAGUUGGUAAUCCCCAGUAACACAUGUAGGUCGUAAAAAUUGUCUGCUGAUCUGCAGAAAGUGUCAGUUCUUUGUCUCUUUGACCUCCUUCAGGGGACACUUAAAGUCGUAAAAAGAGGAAAGGGAGAGGUGUUUAUUGUUCUUGUGAUAGGGGCGUCUUGUAAGCUACUCAGUGACCAGAAGGGCUGACCCCCCUUCGCCCCAUUGAUGUGUGCACAGGCAACAUUUGCUCCUUUAUCAUUCAUAGCUCGAGGAAGCCGCUGUCAAUAACAUAACACUUACUCUGGCCUGGAAUAUGGUACAUAGGGAAUAUCUGUUCUCCACCAUUCAUAACUGAUGGGCAUUUGUCAACAUCAAAACUGUCAAUCUUUGCCUGGAGGGCACAUGACCUUCACUCAUGGGCUCUCUUUACAACAGUCCCCCCUUGUGCUUUCAGCUUGGAAGGGUUUCCUGAGCUGUGAACCACAAUGUAGGAGUGGCCAUGAGGUGUCCCUUAGUGGCUGUGUUUCCCGACCACGUCGUCCGGUGAGCCAUCUUGGUCGACCUAGGCUGUAACUUGGUGACAAAGUUAAGGGCACAUGAAAUUCAAGCAAUAUGCCAUUACAAUUCCUUUCCUAUGAGUGGACGCCGUGGCAUUUAAUUCAUGGUUGUAUGGAAUACUUUAUUCCUUUUUAUUAGAAAAAUUGGUAAAUAAACAAAUUCAUUUUGGUUACCACACCUUAAUCUAUGCAGACAUUUUUAUACCGUUCAUGCAUUUGGCUAAAUGACUCUAAUAAGACACUUGGCUAAUGUGUCCUACAUAGGGCGAUCCUACUUUAAUGGUGUGUUGCUUAAGGCACACGUUUUAGAUUACUUAUAAGGUCAUAAGGCCCUAGGAGCAUCAGCUUAGGGAGGCCUACAGGGCUGACCUGGAGACCUCUGUGGAAGCAGCGGCAGUAAUGUUUAUAGGGGUCUCGGGAUCACACGCCAGCGGAUAAUUAUCACUAUACAUGUUAAAAAUCAAUAGUCAAGAGUUUUUGUAGAAUGAAAAUAUACUUUUAUUACACGAAGUAACGAAAGCCGAGAUGAUCUGCAGAACAUCUGUUUUCCCUGAUUCGGAGCUCUCCUUUUAUACAGACACAAAUGCAUAGUCAUGCUUAUACAACCUACACAGUUACUCCACUAUAUACAUUUACAUUUACAUUUUAGUCAUUUAGCAGACGCUCUUAUCCAGAGCGACAUACAGCUAGUGAGUUGCAUUUUAUUGCAUGACAUAAGUAUUUGAUCACCUACCAACCAGUAAGAAUUCCGGCUCUCACAGACCUGUUAGUUUUUCUUUAAGAAGCCCUCCUGUUCUCCACUCAUUACCUGUAUUAACUGCACCUGUUUGAACUCAUUACCUGUAUAAAAGACACCUGUCCACACACUCAAUCAAACAGACUCCAACCUCUCCACAAUGGCCAAGACCAGAGAGCUGUGUAAGGACAUCAGGGAUACAAUUGUAGACCUGCACAAGGCUGGGAUGGGCUACAGGACAAUAGGCAAGCAGGUUGGUGAGAAGGCAACAACCGUUGGCGCAAUUAUUAGAAAAUGGAAGAAGUUCAAGAUGACGGUCAAUCACCCUCGGUCUGGGGCUCCAUGCAAGAUCUCACCUCGUGGGGCAUCAAUGAUCAUGAGGAAGGUGAGGGAUCAGCCCAGAACUACACGGCAGGACCUGGUCAAUGACCUGAAGAGAGCUGGGACCACAGUCUCAAAGAAAACCAUUAGUAACACAUUACGCCGUCAUGGAUUAAAAUCCUGCAGCGCACGCAAGGUCCCCCUGCUCAAGCCAGCGCAUGUCCAGGCCCGUCUGAAGUUUGCCAAUGACCAUCUGGAUGAUCCAGAGGAGGAAUGGGAGAAGGUCAUGUGGUCUGAUGAGACAAAAAUAGAGCUUUUUGGUCUAAACUCCACUCGCCGUGUUUGGAGGAAGAAGAAGGAUGAGUACAACCCCAAGAACACCAUCCCAACCGUGAAGCAUGGAGGUGGAAACAUAAUUCUUUGGGGAUGCUUUUCUGCAAAGGGGACAGGACGACUGCACCAUAUUGAGGGGAGGAUGGAUGGGCCAUGUAUCGCGAGAUCUUGGCCAACAACCUCCUUCCCUCAGUAAGAGCAUUGAAGAUGGGUCGUGGCUGGGUCUUCCAGCAUGACAACGACCCGAAACACACAGCCAGGGCAACUAAGGAGUGGCUCCGUAAGAAGCAUCUCAAGGUCCUGGAGUGGCCUAGCCAGUCUCCAGACCUGAACCCAAUAGAAAGUCUUUGGAGGGAGCUGAAAGUCUGUAUUGCCCAGUGACAGCCCCGAAACCUGAAGGAUCUGGAGAAGGUCUGUAUGGAGGAUUGGGCCAAAAUCCCUGCUGCAGUGUGUGCAAACCUGCUCAAGACCUACAGGAAACGUAUGAUCUCUGUAAUUGCAAACAAAGGUUUCUGUACCAAAUAUUAGUUCUGCUUUUCUGAUGUAUCAAAUACUUAUGUCAUGCAAUAAAAUGCAAAUUAAUUACUUAAAAAUCAUACAAUGUGAUUUUCUGGAUUUUUGUUUUAGAUUCAGUCUCUCACUGUUGAAGUGUACCUAUGAUAAAAAUUACAGACCUCUACAUGCUUUGUAAGUAGGAAAACCUGCAAAAUCGGAAGUGUAUCAAAUACUUGUUCUCCCCACUGUAUCUAUGUUAAAGAACAAUCACACUCUGUAUUGACUAUAUUCACUAUCCAGGCAUGCAUCUGGAGUACAAAGUAUCAAUCAUGUUCAUUCUGUUUUACCCUUAUAAUUUCAUAACACAUUAUAAAACAUAUCAAUUAAUACUUAAACAUGGUUUACACAUGUCAUGUCCAUAACAUACAUUUAAGCCUUUCCAAACAGCCAUCCUCCAAGGACCCUGAGCCACUAUGGUUUUUACUUGUGACUAUGUGCAUGUGGCUAUGUUUGUCAGGUCAAAAGCACAAACAAGUGAUAACACUAGUUCCAUUGUUACUCCAAUCUCCACACAGCUACAACGAGAAGUUGUAUCUCCAUCACGUCAUUGACAUACCCAGACCAGCUGCAGGGCGUUAAGAAGGAACCAUUCUUAUCAGAAGCACAGCAUUUGCACUAAAGACAUGUUCCUGCUCUGUUUUAACCCUUUAAUUGGUUCUUAAUCCAUAAACAUUUAAGGCAUAUAGGCAUUUCAUUCUACAACAUAUGUACUAGAAAAUCAUCCAUAACCAAACAUUGGUAUUGACUCAGACCCGGCACUAGUGAUCCUAGUAUAAGUCUUCAUUACAUCCUCCAUUGCGCGGGUGCACCAAUUUUUUUAUUUUUUUAUUUAACCUUUAUUUAACCAGGUAAGCCAGUUGAGAACAUGUUCUCAUUUACAACUGCGACCUGGCCAAGAUAAAGCAAAGCAGUGCGAUAAAAACAACAACAACACAGAGUUACAUAUGGGAUAAACAAAAACGUACAGUCAAAAACACAAUGGAAAAUCUAUAUACAGUGUGUGCAAAUGUAGUAAGUUAUGGAGGUAAGGCAAUAAAUAGGCCAUAGUGCAAAAUAAUUACAAUUUAGUAUUAACACUGGAGUGAUAGAUGUGCAGAAGAUGAUGUGCAAAUAGAGAUACUGGGGUGCAAAUGACCAAAAUAUAUAACAAUAUGGGGAUGAGGUAGUUGGGUGGGCUAAUUACAGAUGGGCUGUGUACAGGUGCAGUGAUCGGUAAGCUGCUCUGACAACUGAUGCUUAAAGUUAGUGAAGGAGAUUUUUGCAGUUCGUUCCAGUCAUUAGCAGCAGAGAACUGGAAGGAGUGGCGGCCAAAGGAGGUGUUGGCUUUGGGGAUGACCAGUGAGACAUACCUGCUGGAGCGCAUACUACGUGUGGGUGUUGCUAUGGUGACCAAUGAGCUAAGAUAAGGCGGGAUUUGCCUAGCAGUUAUUUAUAGAUGACCUGGCCAGCCAACGAGAGCGUACAGGUCACAAUGGUGGGUAGUAUAUGUCCCCUGUAGCUCAGUUGGUAGAGCAUGGUGUUUGCAACGCCAGGGUUGUGGGUUCGUUUCCCACGGGGGGCCAGUAUGAAAAUGUAUGCACUCACUAACUGUAAGUCGCUCUGGAGCGUCUGCUAAAUGACAAAAAAAAUAAAUAAAUAUAUAUAUAUAUAUAUAUAUAUAUAUAUAUAUAUAGGGCUUUGGUGACAAAACGGAUGGCACUGUGAUAGACUACAUCCAAUUUGCUGAGUAGCGUGUUGGAGGCUAUUUUGUAAAUGACAUCGCCGAAGUCAAGGAUUGGUAGGAUAGUCAGUUUUACGAGGGCAUGUUUGGCAGCACGAGCGAAGGAGGCUUUGUUGCGAAAUAGGAAGCCGAUUCUAGAUUUAACUUUGAAUUGUAGAUGCUUAAUGUGAGUCUGGAAGGAGAGUUUACAGUCUAACCAGACACCUAGGUAUUUGUAGUUGUCCACAUAUUCUAAGUCAGACCUGCCGAGAGUAGUGAUUCUAGUCGGGCAGGCGGGUGCAAGCAGCGUUCGAUUGAAGAGCAUGCAUUUAGUUUUACUAGCAUUUAAGAGCAGUUGGAAGCUACGGAAGGAGUGUUGUAUGGCAUUGAAGCUUGUUUGGAGGUUUGUUAUCACAGUGUCCAAUGAAGGGCCAGAUGUAUACAAAAUGGUGUCGUCUACGUAGAGAUGGAUCUGAGAGUCACCAGCAGCAAGAGCGACAUCAUUAUAAUAUAAUUUAUAUAAUAUGCCAUUUAGCAGACGCUUUUAUCCAAAGCGACUUACAGUCAUGCGUGCAUACAUUUUUUUUUGAUAUAUCAUUGAUAUACACAGAGAAUAGAGUCGGCCCGAGAUUUGAACCCUGUGGCACCCCCAUAGAGACUGCCAGAGGUCCAGACAACAGGCCCUCCGAUUUGACACAUUGAACUCUAUCUGAGAAGUAGUUGGUGAAACAGGCGAGGCAGUCAUUUGAGAAACCAAGGCUAUUUAGUCUGCCAAUAAGAAUGCGGUGAUUGACACACUCGAAAGCCUUGGCAAGGUCGAUGAAGACGGCUGCACAGUACUGUCUUUUAUCGAUCUCGCUUAUAAUAUCGUUUAGGACCUUGAGCGUGGCUGAUGUGCACCUAUGACCAGCUCGGAAACCAGAUUGCAUAGCGGAGAAGGUGUGGUGGGAUUCGAAAUGGUCGGUGAUCUGUUUGUUAACUCUGCUUUCAAAUACUUUCGAAAGGCAGGGCAGGAUGGAUAUACAGUGAGGGAAAAAAGUAUUUGAUCCCCUGCUGAUUUUGUACGUUUGCCCACUGACAAAGACAUAAUCAGUCUAUAAUUUUAAUGGUAGGUUUAUUUGAACAAUUAAAAUUAUAGACUGAUCAUUUCUUUGUCAGUGGGCAAACGUACAAAAUCAGCAGGGGAUCAAAUACUUAUUUCCCUCACUGUAGGUCUGUUAGAGUUUGAAACUAGAGUGUCACCCCCUUUAAAGAGGGGGAUGACCGCAGCAGCUUUCCAAUCUCUGGGGAUCUCAAACGAUACGAAAGAGAGGUUGAACAGGCUAGUAAUAGGGGUUGCGACAAUUUCGGCGGCUAAUUUUAGAAAGAAAGGGUCCAGAUUGUCUAGCCCAGAUGAUUUGUAGGGGUCCAGAUUUUGCAGCUCUUUCAGAACAUCAGCUGUCUGAAUUUAGGGUGAAGGAGAAGCGGGGGUGGGGGCAUGGGCAAGUUGCAGCGGAGGGUGCAGAGCUGGUGGAAGGGGUAGGGGUAGCCAGGUGGAAAGCAUGGCCAGCCGUAGCAAAAUGCUUGUUGAAUUUCUCGAUUAUAUUAUAUUUAUCGGUGGUGACAGUGUUUCCUAGCCUCAGUGCAGUGGGCAGCUGGGAGGAGGUGCUCUUAUUCUGUUUGAAAAAGCUAGCCUUUGCUUUCCUAACUGAUUGUGUAUAUUUGUUCCUGACUUCCCUGAAAAGUUGCAUAUCGCAGGAGCUGUUCGAUGCAACUGCAGUACGCCACAGGAUGUUUUUGUGCUGGUCAAGGGCAGUCAAGUCUGGGGUGAACCAGGGGCUAUAUAUUUUCUUAGUUCUGAAUGUUUUGAAUGGGGCAUGCUUAUUUAAGAUGGAGAGGAAAGCACUUUUAAAGAACAACCAGGCAUCCUCUACUGACGGAAUGAGGUCAAUAUCCAUCCAGGAUACCCGGGCCAGGUCAAUUAGAAAGGCCUGCUCGCUAAAGUGUUUUAAGGAGUGUUUGACAGUGAUGAGGGGUGGUCGUUUGACCGCCGACCCAUUACGGACGCAGGCAAUGAGGCAGUGAUCGCUGAGAUCCUGGUUGAAGACAGUGGAGGUGUAUUUAGAGGGUAAAUUAGUCAGGAUGAUAUCUAUGUUUACGGAUUUAGGGUUGUACCUAGUAGGUUCCUUGAUAAUUUGUGUGAGAUUGAGGGUAUCUAGUUUAGAUUGUAAGACGGCCGGGGUGUUAAGCAUAUCCCAAUUUAGGUCAACAAGCAGUACGAACUCUGAGGAUAGUUUGGGGGCAAUCAAUUCAUAUAUGGUGUCCAGGGCACAGCUGGGGGCUGAGGGGGGUCUGUAGCAAGCGGCAACAGUGAGAGACUUAUUUCUGCAAAGGUGGAUUUUUUGAAGUAGAAGCUCAAACUGUUUGGGCACAGACCUGGAUACUAUGAUAGAGCUCUGCAGGCUAUAUCUACAGUAGAUUGCAACUUGGCAGUUCUAUCUAGACGGAAAAUAUUAUAGUUGGGGAUGGAAAUGUCUGAAUUUUUAGUGGCCUUCCUAAGCCAGGAUUCUGACACUGCUAGAACAUCAGGGUUGACGGAUUGUGCUAACGCAGUGAAUAACUCAAUCUUAGGGAGGAGGCUUCUGAUGUUAACAUGCAAGAAACCAAGGCUUUUAUGGUUACAGAAGUCAACAAAUGAUAGCGCCUGGGGAGUAGGAGUGAUACUGGGGGCUACAGGGCCUGGGUUAACUUCUACAUCACCAGAGGAACAGAGGAGGAAUAGAAUAAGGAUACGGCUAAAGGUUUUAAGAACUGGUCUUCUAGUGUGCUGGGUACAGAGAAUAAAAGGGGCAGAAUUGAUUCAGGGCAUUAUCUACAGACAAGGAUAUGGAAGGAUAUGAGUACAGUGGAGGUAAACCUAAGCGUUGGGUAACGAUGAAAGGGAUAGCAUCACUGGAGGCACCGAUUGAGCUGGUCUCCGUGUGUAUGGGGGGUGGGACAAAGGAGCUAUCUGAGGCAGGUUGAGUGGGACUGGGGGCUCUACAGUGAAAUAGUACAAUAAGAACUAACCGAAACAGCAAUAGGCAAGGCAUAUUGACAUGGGAGAGAGGCAUAAAGCAAUCACAGGUGUUAUUCGAGAGACCUAAGACAACAGCUGGUAAUGGUGACGAAGGUUUGGGCUGAGGCUAAACAGAUAGACAGGAUGGGGUACCAUAUAAAGGAACAGUCCAGCAGGCAUCAGCUGUGUAGCUGAGUGAUCAUAAGGACCAGUGAACAGCAAUAGGUGAGUCCGGGAGCAGUUCGGUGGCUGCUACGGCACAGGCGAGCAGGAGGCACGGGUGUUGAUUGCGUGUGCUAGCGGGCCGGGGCUAGCAGAUGGAUCUUCGUUGUCGUCGCAACGGGAAGCCUGUUGAAACCACAUCAGACGAUUACAUCGGCAGACCAGUCGUGAUGGAUCGGCGGUGCUCCGUGUCAACACUAGGAGGUCCUGUCUGGUUGACACAGAGGUAGAUAGCCGGGAGAUGGGCCUGGCUCGAGGCUAGCUCAAGGCUAACUGGUGCUUGCUUCAGGACAGUGGUGAUUAGCCAACAACAACAACAGCCAUUCGGUUGCAGUUAGCUAGUUGCGAUGAUCCGGUGUUAAGGUCCAGUGAUUCAGUGAUUUCCGCAGAAAAUCUGAUAUGUUCUGGGUCGAUAGCGCACUGUGCAGACUGGCCGAUAAUUGUCCAGGCUAGAGCUGGCUGGUAGGUAGUGCAGGCCACGGACAAUGGUGAAGACCGCUAACGGUGGCUAAAAGCAAGUAGCUAGUUAGCUGGCCAGCUUGCUAGUUUCAGCCGGAGGUUCUAGAUAAAAAGGUAUAAAGAAAUAAUAGAAUCCGUUCCACAUUGGGUGAGGCGGGUUGCAGGAAAGUAUAUUUAGUUAAAGGAUGGAAAGUGAGAUUGAGAAGUAUAUACGAAAAAGACAAAAAAAAAAAAAAAUGCUAUUUACACGAGGACACUACAGAAUACACGACUGUUGUCAGUUCGUCUAGUCUCGUCAAGCCUAACAGCGUGUUUUUUCCCGUACUCCUGUUCUUUCUAGUCCCUGUUUUCUAGUUCUUCCGUUUUUGACCAUUCUGCCUGCCCUGACCCUGAGCCUGCCUGCCAUUCUGUACCUUUCUGACACUGCCCUGGAUUACAGACCUCUGCCUGCCCUUGACCUGUCAUUUGCCUGCCCCGUUUUGUAAAUAAACAUAUGUGAUUCGAAUUGUCUGCAUCUUUGUCUUAUCUUGAGUUCUGAUAGUACGAACUGGCCAUGACCUCGCCUCCGAGGAAUCCCGGGGGUCCUUGGUGUCUACAUUGCCUAGAGAAUCAGAGGUUACCCGAGUUCCCCUGAGAGUCACCGAGGUCUGUCGAUUCGCCUCCUCCGGAGCCUAUGCAACUUGGCAGAGCUAGACUGUCUAAUGCCGAAUGGUUACACAGACUGAACACCAAGAGCUGUCUGUAUUGUGGGACUACAGGCCAUUACAUUUCUACCUGUCCUGUAAAUAGACCUGGUUCAUCAGGAGGUAUGAGUACGCUGGGGAGAAUGUCCAGUGUCCCCUUACUCAUACCCCUCUCCAUGCACUCCUGCUGUGGGGUUACCGGUCCAAAUCUCUCUGGGUACUCAUUGACUCUGGGCCCGAUGAGAGUUUUAUGGAUGCUACCCUGGUGUCUGAGCUGGGAAUCCCCACUCAACCCCUCUCCAUUCCCAUGGACGUCAGAGCGCUGGAUGGGCGUUUGAUUGGCAGUCACCCACAACACGGUUCCUAGCAACCUAAGAGUGUCAGGUAACCACAGCGAGUCUAUCCAGUUUUUCCUUAUUAAAUCCCCUCAGGUAAUCCCCUCAGGUUUCUGCUGCUAAGGCCACCUUCUACCACUCUAAAUUCCAAGCAUCUGCCUCUAACCCUAGGAAGCUCUUUGCCACAUUUUCCUCCCUCCUGAAUCCUCCCUCCCCCCCCCCCCCCCCCCUCCUCUCUCUCUGUGGAUGACUUCGUCAACCACUUUGAAAAGAAGGUUGAUGACAUCCGAUCCUUGUUUGUUAAGUCUAAUGACACUGCUGGUCCUGCUCACACUGCCCUACCCUAUGCUUUGACUUCUUUCUCCCCUCUCUCUCCAGAUAAGAUCCUGCGACUUGUGACUGCAGGCCGCCCAACAACCUGCCCGCUUGACCCCAUCCCCUCCUCCCUUCUCCAGACCAUCUCCGGUGACCUUCUCCCCUACCUCACCUCGCUGAUCAACUCAUCCUUGACCGCUGGCCAUGUCCCUUCCGUCUUCAAGAGAGCGAGAGUUACUCCCCUUCUCAAAAAACCAACACUCGACCCCACUGAUGUCAACAACUACAGACCAGUAUCCCUUCUUUCUUUUCUUUCCAAAACUAUUGAGCGUGCCGUCUUUAGCCAACUCUCUUGCUAUCUCUCUCAGAAUGACCUUCUUGAUCCAAACCAAUCAGGUUUCAGGACUGGUCAUUCAACUGAGACUGCUCUUCUCUGUGUCACAGAGACUCUCCGCACUGCUAAAGCUAACUCUCUCUCCUCUGCUCUUGUCCUUCUAGACCUGUCUGCUGCCUUUGAUACUGUGAACCAUCAGAUCCUCCUCUCCACCCUCUCCGAAAUGGGCAUCUCCGGCGCGGCUCACUCCUGGAUUGCGUCCUACCUGACCGGUCGCUCCUACCAAGUGGCGUGGCGGGAAGCUGUCUCCGCACCACGUGCUCUCACCACUGGUGUCCCCCAGGGAUCGGUUUUGGGCCCUCUCCUUUUCUCCCUAUACACCAAGUCACUUGGCUCUGUCAUAUCCUCACAUGGCCUUUCCUAUCAUUGCUACGCUGACGAUACACAACUAAUCUUCUCCUUUCCCCCUUCUGAUAACCAGGUGGCGAAUCGCAUCUCUGCAUGUCUGGCAGACAUAUCAGUAUGGAUGACGGAUCACCACCUCAAGCUGAACCCUGGCAAGACGGAGCUGCUCUUCCUCCCGGGGAAGGACUGCCCGUUCCAUGAUCUCGCCAUCACGGUAGACAACUCCGCUGUGUCCUCCUCCCAGAGUGCGAAGAGCCUAGGCGUGACCCUGGACAACACCCUGUCGUUCUCCGCCAACAUCAAGGCGGUGACCCGCUCCUGCAGGUUCAUGCUCUACAACAUUCGGAGAGUGCGACCCUGCCUUACACAGGAAGCGGCGCAGGUCCUGGUCCAGGCACUUGUCAUCUCCCGUCUGGACUACUGCAACUCGCUGUUGGCUGGGCUCCCUGCCUGUGCCAUUAAACCCCUACAACUCAUCCAGAAUGCCGCAGCCCGUCUGGUGUUCAACCUUCCCAAGUUCUCUCACGUCACCCCCCUCCUCCGCACACUCCACUGGCUUCCAAUUGAAGCUCGCAUCCGCUACAAGACCAUGGUGCUUGCCUUUGGAGCAGUGAGGGGAACGGCACCCCUGUACCUUCAGGCUCUGAUCAGUCCCUACACCCAAACGAGGACAUUGCGUUCAUCCACCUCUGGCCUGCUGGCUCCCCUUCCUCUGCGGAAGCACAGCUCCCGCUCAGCCCAGUCAAAACUGUUCGCUGCUCUGGCACCCCAAUGGUGGAACAAGCUCCCUCACGACGCCAGGACAGCGGAGUCACUCACCACCUUCCGGAGACAUUUGAAACCCCACCUCUUUAAGGAAUACCUGGGAUAGGCUAAAGUAUUCCUUCUAACCCCCCCCCCCCCCCCCCCCCCCCAAAUUGUAAAGUGGUUAUCCCACUGGCUAUAGGGUGAACGCACCAAUUUGUGAGUCGCUCUGGCUAAGAGCGUCUGCUAAAUGACGUUAAUGUGCCCUUGAGCAAGGCACUUAACCCUAAUUGCUCCUGUAAGUCGCUCUGGUUAAGAGCGUCUGCUAAAUGACUAAAAUGUAAAUGUAAAUGUAAAAUGUAACCAUUGUGUUGGGGUUUUCAUGGCUCCAGAGACACAAUGCCCUUGUUGACUGGACUGUGGGUUCGAUCAAGGGUUGGAGCCUGUUCUGCCACGCUCAUUGCCUGAAGUCGGCGCAGCCUGCCCCGGGACGUCUUCCUGCGUGCUUGGGAAAAGCCCCGGCCCUCACCGCCAUUCCCGCGGAAUACCAGGACCUCCGGGAGGUUUUCAGCAAGGCCCGUGCCACCUCGCUUUCUCCACAUCGGCCCUAUUACUGCACCAUCAACCUUCUCCCAGGCACUACACUGCCUCGGGGGCGGCUUAAUACCCUGUCGGGUCCAGAGACCAAGAUGAUGGUGACAUUGAGGACUCCCUGGCUGCAGGGUGUAUCCGUCCUUCUGCCUACCCCGCCGGUGCAGGGUUCUUCUUUGUGGAGAAGAAGGACAAACCCUGUGCCCGUGUAUCGACUACCGGGGCCUGAAUGACAUCACGGUUAAAAAACGUUACCUGUUUCCAAUCAUUGCCUCGGCUUUCGAGCCUCUCCAGGGGGCUACCAUCUUCUCCAAGUUGAACCUCCGGAAUGCCUACCAUCUGGUACGGAUACGGGAAGGGGAUGAGUGGAAGACCGCCUUUAACACUGCAAGCGGGCACUACGAAUACCUGGUGAUGCCAUUCGGACUGACCAAUGCUCCUGCUGUGUUCCAGGCCCUGGUUAACAACGUUCUCUGUGACAUGUUGAACUGGUUCGUGUUCGUCUACCUUGAUGACAUCCUCGUUUUUUCCCGCUCGACUCAAGAACAUGUCCGACAAGUCCUCCAGCGUCUUCUGGAGAACCAGCUGUUCGUCAAAGCGGAAAAAUGUGAAAUCCAUCUGUGAUUUGAACUGUCUGCAUCUGGGUCUUAUCCGGAGUUCUGAUAAUAGUGGUACCUAAAGACGAUAGUGACCCUACCGCUGCCCCUUAAGUAGAGUAAGACCCCAAUGAAUCGCUUCUGACAACUGGGCUCUGAUAAUUCUGACUGGGUCACUGUGAAUUUUUGGAGUUGGGCCAACAUGUGAGCGGUGUCUAGCUGGGCGUGCUUAACUCCCUGGCCCGGUCCAAUCAGAACUGGCCCAACUCAGUUGUGCGCUGGGCGGAAUGUGUUUGCGUUACACCUUCUCAGCGUCCCGGCGGACGUACACUCGGAGUGUAUACUCUCCAGUUGGUGAUUAGUAGUCCUGGAUCGUCACGCAGGACGAUACCCACUGGGGGUCUGCUCGUUAUAACAUCUGGUUGGUUGGAUUCGACAAGAACGCAGAGUGCCAGGAUCAGACAGAGGAAUCCCAUCCUACAAGAACACAUGGUUAGAGGGAUUGUUUGGUUAGAUCUUGGCAUACACAUUCAGUAUUUGUUUGACUAAUUGCAAUGCAACUUUAAGGCAGAACGCCACAGGGCAAACAUCAAACAAGAACAAGGCAAAUAAACAACAACAAUGUAGAAAGGAAAACAAUUAUUAAAGGAAAACGCACUGGUCUUUUGUAUGGGACCAGUUUGGUGUUCCUUUGAGGUACCUAAAUGCGUACUGUAGAGUUCUAGCUUAUUAAGGGGGCUGGUCUGCCCCUUCAAUUCCCAUAGGGGGAGUGUACAACUUGACCAGGUUCCUGUGAACCCACUUGAAGGAAUUUUUUUAGUGACGCCCAUGGGUUUGGCAAAGUUGUAAUACCACACUUCUCCCCUACUUGGAAUUCUUGGUGGGAGGCCUUGUGGUCGUAGUGGGUUUUUAUUUAAUAAAUUUUUCAUACUGGCCCCCUGUGGGAAACGAACCCACAACCCUGGCGUUGCAAGCGCCAUGCUCUACCAACCAACUGAGCUACACGGGGCCCCCACCUUUGGCACUCUUUUUCCAAGUUUUCUUGAGCGUACGCAAAGGAGGUCUGGAGGUGAGUCGGCAAGUCGGCCACGUAUUGAUGAGCAGUGUACACGGUGGAUGCAGUGUGGUCUCCAAGUUGGUACAGGAGGUGCAGUGGGAGAAUCAUUGGUCUGCCUGUCAUCAUUUCGAAUGGCAUGACACCAGUGGACCUGUGACGUGUGGCUCUGAUGGCCAUUAGCACCAGUGGGAGUUUGAGGUCCCAAUCUUUGUGAUUGGCUGACAUGUACUUCUUUAAGAUGCUAACGAUCAUUCUGUUGCUUCUCUCCACCUGAUCAGAACUCCUGGGAUUGUACGCCAUGUGAAGCUUAACUCCAACUCCAAGAAGUCGCCACAGUUCGGUCAUUGCAGUGGCUGAAAAAUGAGUUCUGCGUUCGCUGUCUACGGUUUCUCCUGGCAGGCCAAAGCGGCUGAAGACAUGGUUCAGCAGAAGAAUGGCAGUGGUUUCUGCUGAGUAUUUGGUGGCCGGCAGGCAUUCUACCCACUUUGUGAAUGCACAGGUCACUGUAAGGAGGUACAUGUUACCUUGAGUAGACCUGGCGACUGGACCGAUCCAGUCAAUCUGGAUUGAACGCCAGGGUUAAGAUACACCCUUGCGUUGUAAGGGUGUUCUGUGAAGCAGUUUGGAAGGUUGGAACUGGCAACAGAUUAAGCAUCCCCUUAUGUACUGUGCCACAUGCUGUUCCAUCUGUGACCAGUGGGCCACUUGUCCCAAGGCUUCACACGUAGCCUUGACCCCCUAUGCUUGAUUGCCCAAACGGUUGAGAGCAAAGCCGUUUCGCAGUCUGAUUAUUUGCGCUUGACUGGGCUAUGCGUCUCUCCUGGUCAAUCUUUUGGGACAAACCAGCACUGAGGCAGUGUGCUGAGAAUCCAGCAUCCAGCAUCCAGAAAGAACACCUUGUUCUUGUUGGUGUAGGCUAAGCAUGGAGCUGAGCAAAGCUUAACUUUCAAACACAGCUUUGUUGUGUGCGGUUUCCCAGACAAAUGGUGUGUCUUUCUGAAGCAGUAGGGUCUAUGGUUUGGCCAGGUAUGCAUAAUGUUUUAUGAACUGGCGGGAGUAGUUGCAUACACCCAAGAAGCUGCAUAGUCCAUGAAGGUUUGCAGGAGUUUUUAUGUUUUGGAUAGCAUGUAUCCUGUUGGAUUGGGCUAAGAUUCCAUCAGGGCCCAUCAGGAGUCCUACAUAGUUGACUUUGGGUUUGCACCACUAGCCUUUUGUGAUGGCCAACUUGGCGCUGGCUGCCCCUAGUUGAGUAAGAACAUGGUCCAGUUCAUUGAGGUGGUGAGACCAGUUCUCACUCCUCAUGAGAACAUCGUUAACGUAUAUGAGAGUGCCCCCAGUGGCUGCGUCUGGCAUGGUUUUGUGUAGGAAGAUGUUAAAUUCCGCAGACAAAUUUGAUUAGCCCAGAACGAGAACACUAAUUUGUGCUGAUCUCGUGGAUUGACCUUCAUAGUCCAGAAGCCAUUUGCCAUGUCUACGUUAGACAAUAUUUUACAUUUGUGAACCGAGGCAGCUCUUGGUCAAGUUGCGUCAUAGGACAACAAGACAACAGAUCCAGUUUGUUGAGUUGUAUGGUAAUCGAUGUUAAGUCACCAUUUGCCCUUGUUUCAAGACAGGCCACACGGGGUGCUCUAGGUACUGUUACAUUCCCUGAUUAUCUGCUUUGCCAGCAGGGAAUUUAUGAUUUAUUGGACAGCGGCGUAUGCAGCAAGAGGGAUCUUAUACUGACGCACAAAUGUUGGGGGUGCACAAGGUGGUGUGGGAAUGCGAUCAGUAAGACAACAAUCCAGGGAAUCUUUCUACCAAAUUUCCUGGUAUUUGUCGAACAAGUCACACGUUUGCUUUAUUUGAGUGUCAUACACUAGAGCGUCUGCUGUGGCCAACAGUUCUUGCACCUGCGAUUCGAAACCAGGAAAUGGUUCAGGGAGAUUGCUUGGUGUGUCGCCAGUCGAUGUCACCGGAUUAGCUGCGGGAGGGAUGCCUGCCGUUGUGUCAAAGAGGUGUUCUACCUUUUCCGAAGGGGAAAGCGUGUCAUCUUCAGCCAUGAUGGAAUAGAUCUAGUUGUCAGGAACAAAGUCCAAUCUGAACGUGGAUGCUUCGCUUCCUGGAAGGGCAGCAAUUAUUGCAAUAGCCUUUGAAGGGCAAGUGAGUUACAGCUCUGAUGCUGCAGGGCUCCAUAGAGGAAGGAAUUGGAUCAAUCACAGGAACAACUAGUUCAAAGUCAUGAAAAGAGUAGUCUGUUAACGUCCCUAGUCAAUGGUGCCAGGGUAUGAUCAAAUCUGCUUCCAUAUAAUUUUGCACCAAGAGGUAAGUGGAUCUGGAGUUGACCUCCAGCAGCGGAUUGCCUUUAAUAAUCAGCCUCAAGUUGAAUGGUCGGGAAGAGGGCUGAAAGAAAGUGGCAGUAUUGUCCAAGCGUUGGCCGGGUGCUAAAUUCAGCUGGAUUGAUACUUCAGCAGUUCUCACCAGAAUAACCACUGCCGACUCGUUCAAGACUUGACAGGCUUGGGGAAUGGUUUGUCCAGAGCCCAUCUGGAUGGGGUCAAAAGAACAACCAUUCUGAGAUGGUGACGCCAAGGACCACAGAACGUUGUGGACUGUAUCAAGUUUGGCGCCUAAUCUGACCAGAACAUCCGCAACAUUUCAAUAGGCUAUGCAAUUGCGCGAGAAAACAGAGUGAUGGCCUCUACUAAAAAGACGAGGAUCCCAUCAGCUUUCUAUAGGCUAGGCCUACUAUAUUUAUUUCUCUACAUUCCUAAUAUUAAGCACAUUGCUUAUAUUUACAACAGGAGUAUAGCCUACCUGGCUGGCAUGAAAAUAAACCACAGGGAUAAGCGUCCUCCAUUCGCUAUUUAAUUGCAUAGAUGACAUGUAUUUUUUCCCGCUGCCCCUGUUUCGAUACAGUUGCAUGAUAAUGGUCCAUUCUAAAUUAAAACAAAUUUCACACUUAUAUUAUUUAGUAUAUGUAAAGACAAGAAUAAAUCAAGAAUAGUCUGAUGUGUGACAAUAUUAGCCUAUCACUUGUGAAUAAUGCCUAGCAUAAGAAACAAUGCCUUUUUUUGGUUACUUUUUCUAAUCAUAGUCGCACACCUCAUGUAGCCUAGCCCAUAGGCCUAUAUGUUUUCAUAAGGUUUGUAUUACAACUAAAGCGGCCAAAUAACUUCUUAAAAUUAAGCACAUUAAUCCACUUUACAAGGGAUGUAGAGGCUAACUGGCAUACAUAAGCAGCGCGUGAGUUUCAAGUUUGGGGAAGAUAAUUUUCACCAUAAAAAUGCAACUUUAUAAUAAAAGCAUUACAUGCAUAAUCGCAUUUGCAGUCACUUUUGAUAAUGGUGUUUUCCGCUAAUGGUACAUUAGCGCUUAUAGCCUACUACCUACCAUGUGCGCAUUGCUGCGCUUAUAAUGUGAAGAAAUAGCCUAAUAGCUUAUCAACAUUUUAAGCUAAAUGUUCUGAUCUGUUGCGUCAGCCACAUCGUGUAAAAAAUGUUUUUUGAUGCUAGUGGUUGUAUUAAUUUGGGAUCUAUCGCAUCCCACAACUGUCCCAGACUAUGUUUGGAAUAUUUAUUUCUCGCACAUAAUAUAAUAGGUCGACCAUUGUAAUAUGGGGGAUAGUAGAUUGACAUAAACUAGUGCUUUUGCUGUUCGUUAGGCCUACUCAUCUUGUUGGCUGACGAAAAGUAAAUGUGGACAAUAUCUUCAAUAUGCACCUUGGAAUUGGAUAAGGACACUCGCAGUUGGGUCCCCGAUGUGUCUGUCUUCACUUGUAGCCUGUGAGAAAGACCCGAUCACGUGGCGGAGCGCGCAGCACUCAGGAAGAAGGGCACAAUGGCCAUUGGCCGCAAAAGGCAUGUAAUUUUUUAGGGUGCAUUACUGCCGCACAAAGGGGAUGCCGCCGUGAAAUUCUAGGCAUUAUCAAGUGCUUGUCAAAUUGUGAAUGAGUGACUGAUGUAGUGUGUACAGCCAGUGCAAAAAACAAAGCAGAGCUCAUGCCUUUCAAGCUACUUUUUUCAAAUCAUCAUUAGAGUAGCAUCAUGCAGCCUUACAAUAUAUUAAACAUCUAAACAUAUAGCCCAACGUUUGUAGAACAACUAAAGUUACAUGAAUAACUCUAAAUUAAGCAUUUAAGAAUACCUAUUUCUUUGUUAACCGCUCAACACAGAAUAGCCGCAUGUGCGCACUCCCUCAAAUCGUUUGGAGAAAAUAUCCUUUCUAUUUUAUUCAGCUUUGUUCAAUUGUAUUCUUCAUUCUAUAAAAUAAUGCCACGGAAUUCUAAGCAAAUCUUGUCUGCUAAAUGAACUAGUGUAGCCCACAGCCAUUUGGCAUAGCCAGAUCAGGAUCUAACAUAAGGACAAUUCAGAAUAUGCUAUUCUGUUCUUCUGAAAUAGACUACAUUUUCUUCAUAUCAUGCUUCUUUAGACCUGUCUAAAAUAAAUUAUGGAUUUAUUGUGAAGGUGUAGGCUAUAUUACAUGGAUUUAUUAUACUUUUUAAAAUAUAGAUGUUCCAAAGGUCAGCAUCAGUGGCUUGUAGGCUAUUUGUGGAAGCCAGGAGAUGCUAAAUGUGUUUAUGUUAAUUAACGGUCAAUUACCGUGAGACCGACAGUUAUUUUCUUGACAAUCACCGGCUGACAAAAUUUCGUGACCGCCACAGCCCUAGUUGCACCAAGUGUUUUGGGAAGGUGACCACACUUGGUUCUUGCCCAAGUCCAUCAACGGGACCAAGCGAUCCAUUAAGUCUGACCCAAUUAGCAGUGGCUCUGUGUUGAGGCUGGUAACGUACACAGGGUGAAUAAGGGACACGUUCAGGAAGUAUAGUUUUAGGAGAAGCCGCAUUGUGAGAGGUGAGGUUGAUUGAGUGAAACCUCAAUGUUUAGUGUCACAUCGUUCCAUAAUUAAAUCUAUCCAUAUCUAUAGCCAGAGGGAGGAUGCUGGAUCUGAGUUGUGCACAAACUGACCUUUGGCUUGUUGUUAUGUUCAGGCGGACAUAUGGUCCAGGGGUGUAGUUUUCUUUGAUGAGACUGUACAUUCUAAGUUUAGGUUUAGCCAACAUUUAGCCAGGUUGACAACUCUUUUAAUGUCAUCCAGCAAUGUCAGAGACAUGGUCGAGCAAGAAUAUAUCUGGGCAUCACAGGACAGACCGUCCUCAAGGACUGGCACGGGGUAAGGUCCUUUUCUUGUCAUAUCCCCAACAAAGUGGAGAGGGGGUGUUUCAUAGGGUUGUGGCGCGUCAUUAGUAUUUGUUUUGAUGAUUUAGACAGACAGGCUUAUUUCGGGAUCUGGAGGACACGUGAUUGGAUUUUCAGUGGAGGCGGGAGCCGUAAUGUCAUUAACUUUACUAUUAUGGGCUCCCGAGUGGCGAAGCGAUCUAAGGCACUGCAUCUCAGUGCUUGAGGCGUCACUACAGACCCCCUGGUUCGAUUCCAGGCUGUAUCACAACCGGCCGUGAUUGGUAGUCCCAUAGGGCGGCGCACAAUUGGCCCAGCGUCGUCUGGGUUUGGCCGGUGUAGGCCGUCAUUGUAAAUAAGAAUUUGUUCUUAACUGACUUGCCUAGUUAAAUAAAGGUAAAACAUUUUUUUAAAGAGGUUAACCUGAGCUGGGUUAUGUACUGCCUGUUCUACGCCUAGUCAUUGUGAUUGUUUUUUUCAGUUUUUUUUUCUAGCUGUUCGCGUAG